GGAACAUAUUUGGUGCUUCUAGGGGCGCUUUGAAAUUCUUUCCUUGACUGGUUCAUAUAUGCCAACUGAGAAUGGGUUUACAAAGAGCAGAUCUGGUGGAAUGAGCAUCUCCUUGGCCGGUCCAGAUGGUCGAGUAAUGGGGGGUGGACUGGCCGGUUUGCUGGUAGCUGCCGGUCCUGUGCAGGUUGUUGUGGCUAGUUUUGUUCCUGGUCACCAGCUGGAACAGAAACCGAAAAAGCCAAGGGUGGAGCAUGUUCCAAUGACUGCACCUAUACAUGCCAGCCCUAUACAUGUGAGCCCUACUUCUGCAGAUGAUAUAAGAAUUGAUCUUGGUGGAGCAAAGCCAAUCUUGACACCAGCAGCUUUUCAAAUGGACAGCAUCUUUGGCAAUGGACAACCUUCUGAUGAUGAGGCUCCUUUCCCUGAAGAAGAAGAAGAAGAGCCUAACACGAGCUAUGCAGAUGCUGAAGUUGCUAGCUAAACAUAUUCCUUUCCAAGUAUUUGGUGCUCUCAAGAGUCAAAUCAAAUCCCAUGUAGACUCACUCGUGCUUGACUGAUGCUGACAAUUAACUCCACAAAAGUCUUAGUGUGGGAUGAGAAAUCAAGGUUGGUUGACUUAUGAAAUUCUUCACAUAGUCAUAGAAAAUCUGUUUGUUAGGCUUUCAUGGUUCUGUUCUCAUGACGCAUAACUGAUAUUGCUUUUUCUCAUAGUUUUAGCCGAUAGAUGUAGGAUAUAUGUUGUGCCACGUUCUUUUAGAUUUCAUUAGAUUGUUUGAAAUGAGUGCAUGCGUGUGCUUUCUAAAUUGUAAUCUAACGAUAUUAUUUGUUGUGAAGGAGGAAAUUACAUUUUAGCAUUUACUUCAA